UCCAAAAUAUAAAAACCAACAAAAACCAGUUUGGGCUUCUGCUUCCAGGUCGGAGCCAUGGCGGUGGCAAAUUCAAGCCCUGUCAAUCCCAUGGUGUUCUUUGAUGUCAGCAUUGGCGGCCAGGAAGUUGGCCCCAUGAAGAUAGAGCUCUUUGUGGACGUUGUGCCUAAGACGGCCGAGAAUUUUAAGCAGUUCUGCACUGGAGAAUUCAGAAAAGAUGGGGUUCCGAUAGGAUACAAAGGGAGCAUCUUCCACAGGGUCAUAAAGGAUUUCAUGAUUCAGGGUGGGGAUUUUGUUAAUGGAGAUGGUACUGGAGUUGCCAGUAUUUACCGGGGGCCAUUUGCAGAUGAAAAUUUUAAACUGAGACACUCAGCUCCAGGCCUGCUUUCCAUGGCAAACAGUGGUCCCAGUACAAAUGGCUGCCAGUUCUUCAUCACCUGCUCUAAAUGUGAUUGGCUGGAUGGGAAGCACGUAGUGUUUGGAAAAAUCAUUGAUGGACUUCUAGUGAUGCGAAAGAUUGAGAAUGUUCCCACAGGCCCCAACAAUAAGCCCAAGCUGCCUGUGGUGAUCUCACAGUGUGGGGAGAUGUAGUCCAGAGCAAGACUGAUCAGAUAUCUUGAAGACUUUUCCUCUUCCAUCACAUAAAACUACUUCAUAUGAAAACAAACCAACAAUAUGCUGUGCUUAGCAUAUAGCUUAUUUUAUCUUUCUCUUACGAUUUGAAUAGUUAUAAAUUCUGUGUCUUAGUUUUCUAUUUUAUUUUAUUUUUUUUAUUUGAGAGAAAGAGAAUGAGAGAUAGAGAGCACAAGAGGGAAGAGGGUCAGAGGU